AUGUCAAACGACUGGUGGACUUCCUCAACAUCAUCAACUUCCAACCCUAAUCCCAAUACUCAACCAUUCCACACACCCCAGAGACCCUCUCAAUUUCAAGCCUACCAUCAAAAUUCCAUCUCUCGAUCAACCCGAUUUGCAGCAAACAAUGUGGGAGACGAGCUGGACUCCGAGGACUUGAGGAUGGCCGAUUCCAUAAAAUUCUUACCUUCUUUCGCCAAUUCGCCAGCAGGUAAAUUAGCUUUGGGGACUUCACCUCAAAAUACCAUGUCUCCCAACUCUGCGACCGCUUCAAUGGGUCAGUCAAUGGGGGUGGGUGGGGUGGGUAGUCCGAAUGAAGGUAGGAGAAGUCCUGGUGUAAGGGAGAGAGUUGAAAGAGAUUCGCCAAGACAUCAUCGACGUUCGCUCCUGCACCAAAACUCCCAACUCGGUUCGUCCAUCCUCGGUGGAGGAGGAGGGGGUAUGUCGAUAGACGAAGAUAUGCCUCCUACGGCCAGUCUGCGAGAUUCAAUCAGCGAGAACUAUAAUGGUCAAUCGCAGUAUAGGGGAAACGAAUCGAGUAACGCUGUUGACCUUCCAACACCUCCUUCUCUCCUCCCCACCACCUCUACAACCUCCCUCCACGUAUUCGGCCCUCCACUCCCCGUCCUCGCAUCUCUCCAACCUUAUUUAUCUCAAUUCGGGACUAUCCAAUCAUACCAACCAGGUCCAGAAGGUUCAAAUUGGUAUAUCAUCCAAUAUACCAAUCCCGUAUCUGCCUCCUACGCACUGAGGAGGCAUGGUGAUAUAAUUCAAGGGAGGUAUAUGAUAGGUUUCAAAGUGCAGAACGAAAAUUCAAGUAACGGUUUGACGGUCUUACCUAACUCCUCCACCAAUCAAUCAACCGGAACACGAGCUGGGACACCAAUCAGAGUACAGGAAGGUAAAAGUAUAGUGAAAACUCGUCAACCCCCCCAGCCCAUACAGAAGGUAAGUACGGCGAAUGGAGGAGGGAAUGAAUACAAUUGGGAUGAUUUGGAGGAUGAGGGAUCAAAGAGUGGUUGGAGUGGUUGGUUCGGUCGAUAA